AUGGUAAAAUUUCUGCUGCUGGCUUUGGCAUUUGGAAUGGCUCAUGCUCAGAUUGAUGGAAAAUGGAAAACUGUUGCUAUUGCUGCUAGUCGUGUAGACAAGGUAGUGAGAGGUGGAAAACUAAGACUCUACUGUCGUGAAAUUAUUUGUGAAGAGGAAUGCAAAAAAAUGAAAUUCACAUUUUAUGUCAAGGAAAAUGGACAUUGCUCAUUGACCACAAUCACUGGGUAUUUGCAAGAAGAUGGCAAGACCUACAGAACUCAGUGUAAGUACAGUUUCUAA